GAAAAAAAAAAAAGAAACAAAACAAAGCCCAGCAAGGGAAACCGUUCUGUCGGCUCCCACGAGAACCUGUGCCUUGCUCUCCGGAACAGCCGUAAAAUUGCAGGGAAAACAAAGCUGGGAGUGUUCACUCUCCCUCCACAAGUAUGGCAACAUCUGCGCAAUAUAGACAGCUUAUAAAUGACUACGGACCCCCAUCUCUAGGCUAUACACAAGGGAUGCAGGGUACCAGCAGCAGUCAAGUACCGCAAAGCAAAUAUGCAGAACUUCUAGCUAUCAUAGAAGAAUUAGGAAAAGAGAUUAGACCCACGUACGCUGGGAGUAAAAGUGCGAUGGAGAGGCUAAAAAGAGGCAUUAUUCAUGCUAGAGGAUUAGUUCGGGAAUGCUUGGCUGAGACGGAACGAAAUGCAAGAUCCUAGCCCACUAAUUCAGUUGGAAGAUUUUCCAUCUCUUAAUGAAGAAAAAGUAACACUUAUUCCUUUUGACUCUUGAAACAUUCAGACAAAUUCCUUUAUUUUGAAUGUUUUACCUUUCUUGUUUUGCCCUUACAAAAAUGUAUAGUUAAGAAUGAGAAAACAAGGGUUUUUCAACUUACGGAGAGUUUGCAUUUUGUAAAGACGUUAAAACUCCCUAAAAUGUUUCUAAAACAUGAAAACUGAACUGCAUGCAGAGGAAUGCUCUUUCUCUCCCAGGCUAUAUUUCAGUUCUCUUCUUAUCCAGCCACAGUCUCAUUCUGUUUUUUUUUCCUUUGACUAUAUUCACUUAACCCCAAACUGUCAAUCUUUCAAAGUUUGACAUAAGCUCUAAGGAUUUUUUUUAAUAAAAGCAGAAUAGCAUGCUGUACCUAGUAGUCUGCUAAGUCACAAUUUGUCAUACAGCAUAGACCCUGCUUAGAAAUAACCUUCCCCUUCUCUUAUUUUUCCUUUUUUGUUUGUUUUGCAUAAACACUUGCAUGACUGUUAGUGCUUUGAAGUCCACUUAAAGUGCAUGAGUUAUAUGGAAAAUAGGGAAACCUAUUGAAUAAUAACAAGGUCCUGGAAAGCUAAGUUCUACACUAAGGCUGGAGAUUUCAGUUUAAAGUUUGCCAAAAAAAGAGAAUUCUGGAUAAAUUACUAAAACUGUUAUUUGCAUCUUUGUAUGUAUUUAUUACUUGACGUAAUAAAGCUUAUUUUCAUUAACAGUUUGUAUUAAAA